AUGAUGGGAAAAUCGUUUACGUACCACCCACCAAACCAGCCGUAUUACUCCUUCAUUCUUUCGCCAUGGAUGGUAUUUUCACAUGGUUCUUACAAGUUUUGGCAUUGACACGUGAAUACUCAGUCUACGUGCCUGACUUCUUGUUCUUUGGUGGCUCAAUCACCGAUAGAAAUGAGAGGUCUACAAGUUUUCAAGCUGAGUUUGUGGUUGAAGAAACUACGAGUGGAGAACGUGACACUAGUUGGGUUAAGUUAUGGAGGGAUGGUUGGAUUCAAGAUUGCUAAGUUGUACCCAAAUCUGGUCAAGUCUAUGGUUAUGUCUGCCACUGUUAUAGAGUUAACCGAAUCCAUUAGCCUUGACUCGUAUAAGAGACUUGGUUUGUCAAGUUGGUCGGACCUUUUGAUGCCCACAACCGUAGAGGGGUUGAAGAGGAUGUUUUCUGUUGGGUUUCAUAAACUCCCAUGGCUUCCCGAUUUCUUUUAUCGGAACAUUCUUGAGACAAUGUUUAGCAAUCGAAAAGAAAGAAACAAACUCUUAGCUUGCUUGGUCGUUCCCGAUACCGAUGUAACAUCGGAUACCGACUAUCCGCAGGUGAUACAUAUGUUGUGGGGUGAUGACGACAAGAUUUUUGAUCUCGACCUUGCUAACACGAUGAAAAUACGCUUGGGUGAAAAAACAACUUUGGACUGGAUAAAGGAUGCAGGGCACCUAGUACCGUUGGAGAAACCAUUCACAUAUAACAAACGCCUUAAAAGUAUUCUUGAAUGUGUCACAAAAUAUCAAUGAAUUAGUGAAUAUGUAGACUA